AACUAAAAUUGGGAUUUUAGAAGGACAUGCAAUAAUUCUCUAUUUUUACUUUCUAAAAAUUACCUUUUAUGUACGAGUACGACAUAAAGUUUGACAAGUCAAAAAACAAGUUGUACUGUACUACAUUAACAUCGAUACUCUUAUCUCCACAGAAACCGAAAUUUCAUUUUUAAAAAGGAAUCUCAAAUAAAUGCCAUUAAAUACCAAACAACCAAUUUCUUACAUUUUUCCAAUCCUCCCAACCAAAACACAAGAGCCAAGAACAAAGAAACCAUGGAUCAUGAUCACAUGCAUGGCAUGCCUCCACCAUCAUCAUCAUCACCAUCAUCUAUGAUGAACAAUGGAUCGAUGAACGGAGGAGGAGGACAACACCACAUGAAGAUGAUGAUGCACAUGACAUUCUUUUGGGGCAAGAACACGGAGGUUCUCUUCUCCGGUUGGCCCGGAACAAGCUCCGGCAUGUAUGCUCUUUGUCUCAUCUUUGUCUUCUUUCUCGCCGUCCUCACCGAAUGGCUUGCUCAUUCCUCUCUCCUUCGUGGCUCCACCGGAGAUUCGGCUAACCGCACCGCCGGACUAAUCCAAACCGCCGUGUAUACCCUCCGUACCGGUCUUGCAUAUCUAGUCAUGCUCGCCGUUAUGUCGUUUAACGCCGGUGUGUUUCUCGUUGCUCUCGCCGGUCAUGCCGUUGGUUUCAUGUUGUUCGGAAGCCAAACUUUCCGGAAUACCUCCGAUGACCGGAAAACUAACUAUGUUCCUCCUUCAGGUUGUGCUUGUUGAUGAUAAUAUUAUAUAUGAUUUAUAUAUAUGUAUGGAUUGAUUCAUGCUUGUGGUUCAAAUUAAAGAUCUAGGGUUGUAGUUUUCUUGGUUAUUGUGGAUUUGUUCUUGAGGUUCAUGUGUGUGAAUGUGAGGAGGAGAAAUAUUUGAUAUUUUCUGUUUGUUUUGCUUUAAAAUAUUUUGUUUUAUUCUGCUGGCUAAUGGUGAAAGCUGAAUAUACAGUUUACUACUUUUGGACACCAAUUUGUUUUUUUUCUCCCAGAUUUUCAUAUACAAUUUUCUUAUAUAAAUUUUGAAGUUUA